AUGGGACCCUUAGAAGAACAUCUUAGGCGUUACGAAGAUGUAACAGGUCAAAUUAAUAGUACAUCUAGUUUACGAAAAAACAGAGAAAAUGAUGCGUUAAAGGCAAUCAUUAAUAUUGAAAAUUCAAUGAACAUUGAUCUUUGCUUCGCUUUGGACUGUACAGGCUCUAUGUCUAAUUAUAUCGAAGCAGCGAAAGAGCAUAUAUUAAAGGUAGCUAGUUACGUAAACAGCAAUAAUUCAAAUAUCAAAUUCUGGGUUGGUUUCUGUGGCUAUCGUGAUCAUUGUGAUCAUAGUGAUCGCUUACAAAUUUUUGAUUUUACUAAUUCUCUCGAGAAAUUUAAAACGUAUAUAACCAAUAAAGUGAAAGCUAAGGGUGGCGAUGAUGUACCAGAAGAUGUCUUAGGUGGUCUUAAUGCUGCGAUAACUGAGAUGACGUGGAGCAAUGCCACUCGUAUUCUUAUUCAUAUUGGCGAUGCGCCACCACAUGGUCGUCGUUUUACCAACUUAUAUGAUGAAUAUCCAGAUGGUGACCCGAAUGGUCUAACUGCAGAAAGUGUGCUAAAGAACAUGCAACUAAAAAACAUUUUAUACUACUUUGGAAAAAUUAAUGGUUCUACUGAUGUUAUGCUUAAUGUAUUUCGUAAAAUAAUUGGAGAGUUUCCCGUAUUUGAUCUUAUGACUACAGGAUAUAAUCCUGAGGAAUUAGUCAAUAAGUUUUGCAAAGCUACUAGCACAGCCAUCUUUUCUUCUAUUACACUAACCACAACUUUAAGAAACUCGAAAAGCAUAUACUCAUUACAACAAAAAAAACUUCAAGUCGAUCCAAAUGAACCUGAUUGGACUACUCAUCCAGAGAAAACAGGAAAACUUUUAUGUUAUGCUUCACCUAAAACUCUGGCUGAAGUUAAAGACGAAUAUUAUCUUAUUAAUUCAAGCUUUAUUGAACAAGAAAUAUCUUUUAAGCUUGCACCGCAACCAUUCUCUAUCGGUGCUGAACGAUAUGCUUAUUUCGCACUUGAUACAAACCUUGGACAAGAUAAUAAAUUAGUGAUAAAAAAGUAUCACGACAUUGUAAUAAGCGCAAAAGAAAAGUAUUUAGAAUCAGUGGAAAUUUCUAAUGUUGCUUAUUUUUUUUCAACAGAAUUCAAUAUAGCUGCAGAGCGG